CCAACGACAAAUAACAAAUUGUGACUAGCAAAGCAAAACGCAUUUAACAAAGAUGUCAGUAAGUUUAAAUAUUUUCGUAAUAUUUAUUUAUUCUGUUGGACUAGUUGGGGCUAAAGUGGAUCUGACGAACUUUAAUGCACUUAGUGACCGAUAUUAUUGUUCUAAAUCUACAUGGCAAUUUCACGAGGCCCUGUUGGAAUGCAAACAGGCUGGCAUGAAUUUAGUCAGUUUGGAGAGCGAAGAAAAACAGCUGGACCUGAUCAAAGUUCUUCCGAAUUACAUCCCAACGGGCGGCUUUUGGAUCGCAGGAGCCAGAACGAACGACGGAGACUGGUACUGGGUAGGUAAAAAUUUUACCAGAGUUACGUUUACCAAUUGGGGGUCUGGACAAACGACAAACUUUGUGGGAGACCAUUUUGAAUGUAUGAGGCUUGGCAACUACAACAAAUACGACGAAAAAUACAUGUGGGAAAAUAUCCAUUGCUUUAAAUUUUUGUAUUUUAUUUGCGAAAGGGAUGUUUAAAUUGUGCAAACAGAUAUUUGUCUAUAAAGCCACAAAUCUCACAUAGAUUGUAAAUUUUAAUAAACAUUCUGAAACAUGUUCUUUAAAACUAUAAAAUAAAAACCAGCAGUUAAUUAAUUUCAUUUUGAC